AUGUUCCUCACUCUUGGAUUCUUGGUUCUGAGCCUCGUUGCUUUACCAUGUACUGCCUUCCUUCGGACAGCUCCAAACGUGUCUUCUAGCGACUACUCAUUCACGCAAUUCGGCGCCGUCGCCAAUGUGAAAAAUGUAGUCGCAUACAAUGGGACCGGUAUCAAGAGCUACUGGUGGGCAAACUUCUUCCAAGGCACCAAUGGCCAUUCCUAUUGCGUCGUCAUCACCAGCGCCAAUUCAGGCCCGAAUGACACCGUCUCUUCGCUGUCUGUAACGGACCUCAACACCGGCUACCACUUUGGUACCUCCGUCAUUGAACCUGGACAGCUCUCUACCACCAAGUUCGAGGGCAAAUCUAGUGUCCUACAUGUUGGUUCGACUGCCGCGGACGAGUUCUCCCAGACCUACGCCGUCAGUACUCUGCCCGAAUUCAAGUUUGAUCUGCAGUGGGUACCCAAGGGUCCUAUACUAUACCAGGGCGGUUCGGGUUUCUUCGAAUUCGGAGCUGAUCUUGCAUACACCUUCGAUGUCGUCGAGGCAUUGCCGUCGGGAACCCUGGUGGUGAAUGGCACCAACGUGACAGUCGUCCCCGAGAACUCGACCACUUGGCUUGACUACCAGUGGGGGCCAGGGUACGCUAUCGGCGGCUGGCAUGACUGGGUCAUCCUGCUGGAGAAUGGUGUUCGGAUGCAGGUGACUGUGACCGCGCCGAACGCUGCGUAUAAGCAAGCCAGCUUUACCACUAUGGUGUACCCCGAUGGUCAUCAAGAACUCUGGCCAGUCAAGAAUGACACCCAGCCCAGGAACCCGUGGGUGUCUAGCCUGUCUAACAUCACAUACUACAGCGACUAUGUGAUCGACAUCCCGCUGAAAAACACCAUUCUCUACUCCCACCUGCCAGUCAAAGGCGGCGAAACCGGUCCAUCCAAUGGUUCGACGACGGCAAACACCAUCGCCGACACCUUCACUUGGAUCAAUGGCACUUUUGACGGGUUGCCAAUUAAAGGGUAUGGGAUCAUGGAAUUGCGUGAGAACGCAGGCUGUACAUCAUUUGGUGCAUGCUAG